CUUUGGAGCCUCUCUCUCGAUCUCUCUCUUUCUCUCUCUACUUUUCUGCGGGAUUGAUCCCGUUCUCACUCCACUGCAACUCGCCCCGAAAGCUCCGGCAUCGGAUUCCUCGGUUAUUCCCAUUCUCCCACCUCUGUAUAACGUCUCUCUCUCUCUCCCUCUGCAUUCACACUGAUCGCGGAAAUCGAAGUCGGCGGGGAACGGGGGCGCCGGAGUUCCGCCGGCGGCCGGCAUGGGGGUGGGGCUCGCGGCGUUUCUGGCCGGGCUUGUCUUGGGGGCCGUCGCGGUGGUCGCCGCCGAGUUGCUGGUGGUCCUGGUCCUGCUCGAUCGGUUGAACCGGAAGGUCCGGAAGUCGGACGCGUCUCGGCUGGCGGCGCGGGACGUCGACCAAGAGCAAUCGCUCAGUUCCCUUCGCCGCAAGCAGGGGGAUGUUUGGAUUCUUGAGCCAGAAAGAGUACCAAAAAAUCGGGUAGAGAAAGUACAGCGUGAGCAAAAGAAGAAAAAGGAUUUUUUUGAGAUUUCACCUGUUCGGAAGCAUGCCAUAAUCAAAGAUCAUUCGCUCAUUUUGACAGAAGCAGACGGUUCUCCGUCUGCUGUACUGUUGAAGGGGUGUGUGAUUGAGGCCGUUUCAGCAACAGACCUACCUUCUAGAAAAUGGGCCAAAAGGUACCCUAUCAAACUGGAAAGUAAGAGCUCAGCAAUCUAUAAAGGCAGCAAGGUCUUUUACAUUUAUCUUGACACUUCUUGGGAGAAGGAAUCGUGGUGCAAAGCCCUUCGUCUUGCCUCAUGUGAUGACAGAAAAAGACUUACCUGGUUUUCCAUGUUGGACGGCAAUUUUAAGAGCUACUUGGUGUCUUUACGCGACGAAUACCCAUUUAUGAAAACUCCUGCACCAGUCUAUGCUGAGUCGUUUGAUAAGGAAAAUAGGGCUGAUGUUGCUUCCUCAAGGGUUCGGCUAUUCUGGAAAAAAAUUACGAAGAAGGUGUCUAAGGCUGGCAUAGAGAAUAAGUCAUCUUGGGUCUCAUCAUCUAGCCGUGAAGAAAGAAAGAUGAAUGAGAGACUUCUUGGUCAUCAAGAUUCUGCCUCAGCUCCUGCAUCAUUAAGGGCAUCUUCUCCUCAACAUUCAUUAUCUUUACCCUAUUCAGGAAGUCAGAGUCAUAUCUCUGUGGUCUCUGAUUUUGAUUCCGAUGACAAAUUCGGAGUAGACGAGGGAACUCUUUGUUGGAACUUGCUAAUUUCGCGGCUCUUCUUUGAUGCCAAAAGUAAUGAACAGAUUAAGAGAUCCUUACAGUCUAGAAUUCAGAGGACUCUGUCCAAUAUGAGGACUCCCAGUUAUAUUGGAGAAGUCUUAUGCACUGAUAUUGAAACCGGAAAUCUCCCUCCUUAUAUCCAUGGCAUGAGGAUUGUUCCCCAGGACAUGAGUGAGAUCUGGGCUUUUGAAGUAGAUGUUGAAUAUUCUGGUGGUGCAAUAUUGGACAUUGAAACAAGAAUAGAAGCCCAUGAAUUAGAUCUUCAGAAUGAUAUAUCAAAUUCUGAAGAAGUCUCACCAGAUCUUCUUGAAGAUUUUGAGUCUUUGGGAAAGCAGCUGAAUCUUUCUAAAGGGGAAAAUGAUGCAUCAGAGGGGAAGGGUGAAUCAGAUCCUAAACUAGUUUCAGAGGGAAUGAAGAGCUCUAAGAGCAAUAUGUCAGCAACACCAAAGUCUGGGUGGAAGUCUAUUCUAAAUACAAUUGCCAAACAGGUCUCACAGGUGCCAUUAGCUUUGCGGAUUAAUGUGGCUUCUCUUCGAGGAACGCUGCGGGUGCAGAUAAAGCCACCCCCUUCGGAUCAGCUGUGGUUUGGUUUUACGUCAAUGCCUGAAAUAGAUGUUCACUUGGAGUCAUCUGUUGGUGAUCACAAAGUCACUAGUGGACACAUUGCUUCAUUCCUAAUAAAUCGUUUCAAGACCUCGAUACACGAAACCAUGGUGCUUCCUAACUGCGAGAGUCUAAGCAUUCCAUGGAUGCUAGCGGAAAAGAAUGACUGGGUUCCACGAAAAGCUGCUCCUUUCAUCUGGCUUGGUCAAGAAGGCACCAAAGAUCUGGUGCCCAUUAUUGAGAAGCCCUGCUCUCAACCAGUUGAGGCGAAACCGAAGACCGACUUAAGUAGGCAACCAUCAAGUGGUCAUUCUGAAAGCAAGCAACCAUCGAGUGCUCAUUCUGAAAGCAAGCAACCAUCGAGUGCUCAUUCUGAAAGCAAGCAGCAAAAGCUAAACAAUGCAGAGCCUGAGCUGACAUCGACCAGCAAACCCACAGGGUCGCCGGGACCUACAAAUCAAGCAACCUUCGAAAGCGGAGCAUAUCUUCACAAGAAUUGACAACCCCAUUAUUACUGAAUGAUGAGCCCCGGGAUGACUCCCGACGGAAUGGAGAGACUCCAGUGACCGGUUCGCCAUCGAGGUCUGUAAUUAUAUCAGAGAAUUAUGACCAGACAAUGGAACAUGAUGAUGCGAGGCCAAAGAGGAUGGGAAGGAGAGCGAGGAUGCUCGAUCUGGGGAAAAAGAUGGGGGAGAAACUGGAACGUCAAAUCGAAGAGAAAAGAAAGCACCUCGUCGAGAAGAUGCGUGGACCGACGUAGAGAGAUAAUUCCAGAAUUUAGGCUGCUGGUAAAGUGGGAUUAUGAAAUCAAAUGCAGAAAGCAACAUUCAAGUCGUAUUAGCUUUUUUAGCUGCAAUGGUCACCCCAUCUAUUCUUCACUCUUUUAACAUUGUAAAAAAAUAUUUAAUUAGGACAUUCUUCAUUUACGUGGUAACUCACCCAGUGUGGCCGGAACGGGGUGACUGCCGCUCCGGUGGUGAUUAAUACAAGUUGGGGACCGGCCCAGGAUCAAUUUACACAACACUGUAAUUCAUCUGGUGCUCCAAUUUGCAAUGCUCAAA